AAUAAAUUAUACUCCUACAAAGAUUAACACAAAUAGGAUUUUAAAUAGUACUACCUCCGUCCCAAAGAAAAUAGUCAACAUUGAAUUUUCAUUUACGACGGAGGAAGUAAUAUAUAACUUGGUAUACAGGAUUACGGUAAUCCUUAAUAAUUAUGAAGAUAGGUUCUUAAAUAAUUAAUUAAUAUAUGCCUGCAGCUAAAAAAUCCUCCUCCUAGUUAUUGCAUUUGGAAGAACAUUUUUUUUUGGGGUACAACUGGAAGUACAUAUUCUAUUAUAAGCUAAGGUAGGAUAACAAAGAGCUCGCAAUUCUUUAUUUAUUUUUUUUUUUUUGAAGAGGAGCUCGAAAUUCCAUUUCUCAGAUUAACCACUAUCAAUAAAUAAUUUUAAAAAAUUAAACCAAAGCAACCAGUAGUAUGCGAAUUUUAGCCAUCCAUUACUCUGUUUUAUGAUUUUUAUCGAUCAAAAAAAUGUGAUCGGACGGUGAAGGGGCAAAGAAGAUACCCAGUCAAAGAGAUCAUAAUCACACACAGUGUACAUAUAUAUGUCCCUGGGCUCGGGCACCCGUCUAUUUAAGGUGUCGUCGUGCCGUCCAGCCGACGAUUACGGGUGACUUAGUGGGUCCACCCAAAACACACACACUCACACACUUCCCCUUCCUUUUCCCUUCUUUUACUACUCCUACUCCUUCCCAAACCGGCCUCUUUUUAAAACAAUCAAACACAGACCCACUCCACUCUAAAGGUCUUAUAUAGCUCCACAUAAAAGCCCCACCUCCGAAAGAAAAAAAAUAGCCCUCCAUUUUUAUUCCAUGGCUUCGCUCCGGGAAGGUCACUACAGAGGGGUCAGGAAGCGUCCAUGGGGUCGUUACGCCGCCGAAAUACGGGAUCCAUGGAAGAAGACCCGUGUCUGGUUGGGCACUUUCGACACUCCCGAAGAAGCCGCAUUAGCUUACGACGGAGCAGCCAGGUCCCUUCGUGGCGCCAAAGCUAAAACCAACUUCCCGGCGCCGCCUGCUACCGCCGUCGGAGCUGGUCUGUCCUUAGACCUCAACUUGCCAUCGGAGCACCACCACCGGUGGGUGGCGGCGCCUCCUGGUGGUAGGAUCUUGAUCGGGGAGUUCUUGCAAACCGGCGUGCUUAAUGAUGUCCACCUGAGGUCGGCGGCUACUCAUCAUAUUAAUGUUGUUGAUCCUUCUAAAGUUGUGGUUGUGGAAGAUCAUCUACGAGUUGAGACCGCCGGCGAUCUUCCGGCGAAUGAGAUGGACGGAGGGCCCGGGAUGUAUCUUGGGGUCGUGAGGCGUGGGUUGCCCAUAGAUUUAAACGAGCCUCCACCUUUGUGGAUGUCUUAAUUACGGCCAUGGCGGUUUAACAUUUCGUUGACGACGUACGAACUUAGAUGUUUGCGUUUCGGUUCCAUUAUCAAGUUUUUAUGAAACAUCUUCGGAUAAGAGAUGACGAUUGACUUUGUACUGUAAAUAUGUAUCUCUCUUUUUUUCUUUCAGUGUUGACCAUAAAUUAAUCCCAUCAAAACGAAUAUCGCUUUGCGAGUUUCAUACACUUCCUAUUAUUAUCCUUACUCCGUGUGAUGCAUGCAAUUUUCUUCUCCAAUACAAUGUCCUUUUGUCUAAUGUUGGAGACGUGAAAAGUGAUGAUUAAAGGGUAAUGAAAUAUCACCAUCAUUUACUUAAUCACGUCCUUUUUUUUAUGUAGAAUUUCAAUUUAUUUUUCUCCUUUAAGGGAAACAGGAUUUAGUGGGGCGGUAAUAAUGAAGGUGUUGAAGGUAUUAGGGCCGAAAAGAAAGUGUUUGUAACAAAGAGGAGGGAACUUAUUGCCCGAGCAAGAACUACAAGUCCGGACCAAGCGUGUGGCUCUAUUUGCCCAUUUUGCCUUGAUGCAUUUUACCUUUCACAGCUAAAAGGAUGCUAGCAAGGUUCUAUAGCUCGUACUGCUUUGUUUCAGCUUUCAUUUUCCAUUAAAAUAGGCUUUGUUUGUUUGUAGUUUGAUUUUACUUUUUGUCUCAUUUCAAUUCUUAAACACAAAUCUAAAUACACUAUUUAAACAUUAAUUUAAUAUAUCUUUUAAACUAUUGUAAAGUUUAGAACCGAUCG